AUGCGCAUCACCAACGUGCUCCCCGAUUUGGAUAAUCUUACCCUGGUUGAUAUUGGGCCUGACCACUUCACCGUGUCCUGGAUGCAUCCCGUGGCCCAGUUUGACUAUUACUGGUUGGAAGUUUACAAAAGAGACGACGGAAGUGAUACUAUUACACCUCAACGCGUCGGAUCGUGCGCUAAUGGAACUAUCGUUCACCGUGAGCAAACUCAAAUCACCUGCGACAUGUUCAAGCCGUGCAGCAAUGUGACGAUCACACUGCACACGCAAGCAAAGGGCACCUCUGAAUUCGUGUCUACUGGAGCUACGCUCCAAGGAAUAUUCAUGCCUGGAAAAGGCAUUCCUGAAGUCGUGAAGCUCAAGCAGACAGCCAUCGCCAAGAAUUCUGUCACUCUGUCCUGGGAACGACCGAAGGGUUGCUUCAAUGACUACUUGGUCACAACGAGCGCAGAAAACACGGAACUCUCUAGCCAAGAGACCAGCGCUGGUACAUGUGGUAACGGAACCAUUGUUUCCGCAAACGAGACCAGUGUCACGUGUGACGGCAUCAGGGCGUCAAGUGUGAGCAUCAUGGUGCAGACACGCAGGUUGAAGUCGGACGGUCUUAUUUCGCAAGGCGUGACACUUCAAGGAAUCACCAUGUCCAAACUUGUGCUGCCCGACGUAAACGAACUUCAGCUUGAUGGAUGUUGGACCCGACUCUUUCACGGUAUCCUGGGCAAGGCCGUCCUCUUAUUCGAUUACUACUGGGUUCGAGGUCUUCCUGAGGUGAGGCAGCUCAAACUGACUGAGAUGGACAGGGAUUCUAUAACUGUUUCCUGGCAACGACCGGAGGGCUGCUUUGACGGCUAUAUAGUAGAAGUCACUGAAGAAAACAGCGGAAGCAGUGGUGUUGGAGGCCUCAGUGUGGGCUCCUGUGCGGGUGGAAUCAGUGUUGACGCUGAACACACUAGCAUCACGUGCAGAAAAAUAGAAGCUUGCAGCGUGAAAAUCACCGUACGUACGCAAAGAAAAGGACCACUCGAGCUUACUUCAUCUGGUGUUUCCCUGCACGACAUCGUCAUGUACAAAAAAGAUAUCCCAGAGGUGCUGCCGACAAUUAAAGUGGCUAAUGACACAUUUGUACUCCGCUGGAACCGGCCAACUGGCUGCUUCGACAAGUACAAUCUCGAGGUCGCCUAUGAACCUAACGAACAUUCGAUCUUUAAAACGCAGCGUAUUGGUUCAUGUGCUGGGACAACCAUUCUAGAGCCUGACGUCACCAAUGUUACUUGUUCCAAUCUGCCAGCCUGCGUAAACACCAGUGUAAUUCUACGCACUCAGCGAAAUGGACCACAUGGACGUGUUUCACGUGGUGAAGCAUUGUCUGUGUAUUCUAAAGAAGGAGCUUUUGUGGACUUCGACCUCUACCUUGACAGGGUGACAACGACUACGGCUGAAUCAUCAUAG